GACGGUUUCUUAUAUUCCGCUAAACACCCUACUCUAAGAACUCUCUAUUAAUAUACUCUUAGACUAUUGUUAUCAUGAUCCAGCCAUAUGUUAUUUUUAGAAUAAUAAAGGUUUAUGUCGUGCCAACAUAUACUAUGACAUACAUGCAAAAUUACAAAUCUUGAUCUAUAUAUGUAUGUAUGUAUUUAUUGCUGUAUUUGAAAUGACAUCCAUAUAUUAAAAGAUUAUUUCGAUAAUUAUACACUUUUCAAUUAUUUAGCUAUUGAAAAUAAAUAUUGAAAGCGAGUCAAAAACCAAGGAGCCGCCAUGAGGGUUGGUUUGCAUAAUUUGUUAUUAUCCUAUUGUUUUCGUACGUACUUUGAUUCUGCCUUUAAUAAAACACAGAACAUGGCAAACUUCUUUUUCAUUUGUAUGAUUGUGUCUGCGCAAUAGAUAAAUGGAGUGGUUAAGCGAUGGUCAUCAUGUUCUUCCAAAAUUACACCUCACCUCUUGAAUUUGAUAUGCAUUUGUUUUGGCACCCUACUAAAGGCAGGAAUAAUAGUAGUGAUAAAUCUUUUAUAAAAAUUUGAUUACAAAAACCUAGAUGAUAAUUGUGGUCCAAGUUUCUGGAUAACUAUUAACUUCUAUCUGAAUAAGUCGUAAAACUUGCGGGGAUUAUAGGUUGACGAGUUAAUGAAACGUGUAUCUUUGUUAUUGGAUCAGUUACGUGAAUACAAAGCUAAGAGCGCGCCAACAAAAAAUAGUCCAUUCAGCUUACGUGUCAAGUAAUGAUUGGAGCGGACACAUAAGUAUAUUAGCAAUAUAAAUACGAACCGUUGUGAGCUUCGUAUUCUUCUAAACCCUAACCAUAACUAUUCUUCUGUACGUACGCAAGCUCUAAACAACGAAGAUGACGAAUAAAGCUCUUGCAUACUUGGUUUUUAUGAUGACAUUAGUUUUUAUGUCAAGUGUGGCAAUAGAAGGCGAAGAGGAGAAACUUGGGACAGUGAUAGGGAUCGAUCUAGGGACUACAUAUUCGUGUGUUGGUGUGUACCAUAACAACCACGUUGAAAUCAUAGCAAACGAUCAGGGAAACAGAAUCACACCAUCAUGGGUUGCCUUUACCGAUACCGAACGUCUCAUAGGCGAGGCUGCUAAGAAUCAAGCGGCCAAGAAUCCUGAAGGGACCAUCUUCGACCCCAAACGUCUGAUGGGAAGAAAGUAA